AUGGCCACUGAAGAACCCGUCCACGACGUUUCUAUAGACUCCGUUACGCCUUCUAAUGUAGACGCUGAAACUAAUGAUCCAACGAGUCCCGUAGCGGCCUCGUCAGAUGCGCAUCCGAAUGGAACGACAACCGAGGACAAGACGACGGAGCCGUCUGAGAAUCCAGAUGAGCCACCAACGUCUCCAUCAAAGCCCAGAGCAUCCAUUUCAAGCGACGCGAAGAAGGUCGUCAAAGCUGCGGCUUCAACAGUCAAGUCGGCACCAUCAAACGCGGUCAAAAAGGUACUCAACUCUGGAACGUUUGGAACUAGUUCCGGGAGCAAACCGUCUACGAGCACCGCGACCAAGGCGCCAGUCAAAUCAAAUUCGACUGCAACUCCAUCAACGGGACCGACUGCACCCAGAACGAGUGCAACGACGGCUCCAAAGGACGCACCGUCGACUAACUCCUCCACCGUCGGAGGCAGACGAAUUUCAACUGAAAAGGCGGGUCCAAGCACGUCGGGUACUACGACUGCAUCCAAGCGCGCUUCGCUGGUUCCUGCUGGAGCCUCGUCCGUUGCGGCAAAGUCUGCAACACCUAAGCCGACUACAAGUGCACCGAAACCUUCGACGAACACGGCACCUAAGCCUGCGCCGGGAACAAAGGGACCUACGACUGGCACAAAAGAUGGUGUCCCUCCCGUCAAGAAACCGCCUACUGUCACCUCACCGACUCCUUCGGCCAGUUCCGCGAGGCCCCGUGUGUCAGAGGCGCUUUCCAAAGCAGCGGCACCGCGUCCUAGUUUGGCUGUGGGUAGCAAAGGAGCGGGGACCAGCGCUGCGCCCAGCCCCAUUUCGAAGAACAGGACGCCAACGUCUGCGGUGGCGAAUGAGAAGAUGGUGGAAUUGGAAGGCAAGCUCAAGGAUGCCACUGCAUCUCUCGAGGAGCGGCUCGCCAAAGUAGUCGACCUCGAGGGGCAAGUGUUAUCGCUCUCAACUGAACUUGAGCAGCGCAAGACAGAAUUGGAGGAGAUGAACAAAUCUGCCGAGGACCAUAUCACUCAUCGAACCCAAUUGGAAGAAGAGCUAAAUGCCGCAAAAGCGUCUUCCGAGCAACAUAAACAGGCACAUGACGAGACAGAGGCCCGUUACCUACAGUCGACCGAGCAAGCCGAGACAGCGCAGAAGGAUGCGGAAGCUGCAAGAGAAGAGCUCGCAAAAGCAAAGGCAGAUUUGGAUGAAUCGCAAGCCAAACUUGCCGAAGUCCAGGCUGCACUUGAUGAACUCAAGGCGACCAGCGAAGCCUCUCAACAAGAAUUCGACUCUGUUCGCAAUGAGUUGACCAAGGCCCAAGAAGCGCUCAAGGCAGCUACGGAGGAGUUGGAUGUUCAUCGCACUCAGAUGGCGGAAGCCACGACCAAAGUCGCCGCUCUUACGCUCGAGGUCAACGAAUUGACCCAGUACAAGUCCAAGCACGACGAUUUGCAAGCAGAGGUUGACAGACUCAACACGGCCGUCGUGGACACGGCCGCCAAGCUGUCCGAGUGCGAAGUCGAGGUUUUGGAGCUUCGUGAAGCAAAAGAAGAGGCGAACGAGGCCCAGGAAAAGACGCUUGCACAGAUCAAGGACCUCGAAGGUCAGGUCGCAGAGGCUUUGGAGAAGCAUACGAGCGAGGUCGAGGCACUCAAGGUUUCGCAUCUGGAAGAGCUGUCGACCCUCAAGAAAGAGAUGGAGGACGCCUUGAAGGAAGCUGCAGACAAGGCUGUAGAGGAGAGUAAAGCUGCGCAGGAGGAACUUGCUCGAGUCAAGGAAGAGCUAGCGAGUCAGGAGAGCAAGUACAAUGCCCAGGUCGAAGCUGCCGCGGCUGAGCACGAAACGUUGCUUGCUCAGGCAUUUGAUAAAGCCAAGAAUGAGGCAGGUUCCGCUCAUGCCCUCGAGCUUCAGCAGUUGCGCACCGAAUCUCAAGCGACCAUGGAGCAGCUCCGAACAGCACAUACAAACUCUCUCAAAGAGCUCGAGGCGUCGCAAGCCGAGGCCCUCGAGAGUGCGAAGAAGGCAUUUGAGAAGAAGCUUGCUGAGCUCACCAUGGAACUCAAGGCCACUCAGGAUGACCUGGGCAAGGCCAAGUCUGCACUCACGGCGUCGCAAUCUGAAGGAGAGUCUCAACGCACGGAGAUUCAGCGACUUUCCAAGGAGCUAGAGGAGUCAAAGGGCGCAUCUUCGGAUAAUCAAGAAAAGGAUGUGCAGAUUGAAGGUCUGAGGAAGCAGCUGAGUGUCAUGGCGGACGACCUCGAGGCUACCAAGAUGGCAUUCACCGCGCAAAAGGAGUCCUUCCACGAAAUGGCCGAAAGUCAUCAACGGGAUCUGGAGGAAGCCGCAAAGUCACGUGUCGAGGCUGUUCAAGAGCUGAAGAAGCAACUAGACGAGGAAAAGGCUGGUUGGGCAGCCGAGAAGAGAAAGCUGGUGCAAGAGCUCGAGGACGAGAGAGUAGCCAAAGAGCAGGCAAAGGCGGAAGCUCAUGCGGCUCAGACGGCGCUGCAGACACCACCCAUGUCCCCCAAAGCCAAUGGUCAACCAAGCCAACACGUUCCGCGUGAGGAACUGCUCAAGGUGCACGAAGCACAUACUGCAAAGAUGGCCGAGGUCGAUGCUGCGCACACCAAGGAGGUGACUGCUCUGAAGAAGCAAAUUGCCGAUCUCACCACGGAGAGCAAUGAACUGAAGAAUACACUAAGCAGUAGAAACCUCGAGCUCCAGUUCCUGGGAGAUGAAAAGACGGAGCUGGAAGAAGAAGUUGAAAGGUUGAAGCACGACCUGAAUUCAAAGCCGGGAAUGAAUCUCGCGUAG